CCGUCCAUGUCCGCCCCGUUCUUGUAAGUGCUCUUCCUGUCGUGUCUAUUGCUCGCAUCGCUCACAUAGUACCAGUACUCCUCACCAUGGUCAAGGCACCACACCAAUGAUGUCGAUGAGCGAGCACAGUCCAUUCGGUGGACAUAGCCCGCUUACUCCCGACCUCGAUUCCUUCGAUGAAUCUGGGGUAAGUUGCCAGGCACGACGCCUUUCGACCACGCUCACAUUGUUUGUCUACACAGUCUAUGGAGUUUUCCAUGAUGUCGGACUACGGGCAACCGGACACGAGUGGUUUUGCAGGUUACACCAUGGACAACAUGAACUUCUCCGACCCCCAUACCACCCCCCUGCUCUUCAGGUCUCCGACAGUUGACAUGGGGCCGUCCUUACCGUAUGGCCAGGGCUACCCUUCGUUGGUUGAUCCUCUCAGCACUCAGACUCCCUUGCGGCAGCCCCAGAUCCACAUCGACACGACGGGAUACGGCUCGCAAUCAUCGCUGGCGAGCGUCGACGGACUCAUUAGCCCGUACGAUACGCUCGGCCCGAUAUCUCGCCGUCCGAGUUUGACGACGCCUUCGACGUCGACGAGCUCUCACCUCACUACUCCUGAACACUCGCCGGGUGAUGUCAUUCGGUCGCAGGAGUAUUUGAAGCCAAACGCUUCGCCGAUUUCUCCGUCUACGUCAUUGACGACCAUGUUUGAGCAGCAGGCCAUAUCCCUGCAGACCGAUUAUCGUCCCAGAUCGGCUAUCAGGACAGUGACGGAGCUCGCAAGGGAGCACAUACCGCCUUUCGAUGGCACACUUGUACCUCAGAAGACCUAUCGCCCGCACACACAGAGCGACCGGCGCCGCUAUGUCGACGAUGUCGAACUAGAGCAGCCUAUCAUGUUCUACUUGCAGAACCCGCAGCGCUGCGGUAUAACCCUUCAAGACGCCUUGAACGGCAAGUUCAUGGACCUGAUGGGUAGAGAUGACCACAUGUUCAUCAACCGUGGGCCCUCCGUCUCAAUACGACUCAUGUGGCCCGGUUACGCUCCAUGGAGCAGGCAGAUCCCUACGAGAGACUUCCGCUCGCCGCCUCAGCCUAUCACGAAGGCCAAGCUGGCGAAGAACGUUGCCAAGACAGUGCAGCGAUUCAUACAUGAUAUGGAGCAGCGUCCAAUGGAGGAGGACGCGAACCCUGUAUGGCGUGUCGGUGCUGGACACAUACAGCUGCAAGAUUUGACAUUAGUCGGACUGCAGCAUGUCUCCAUGGGCAGUUGGCAAGCCUACGUCGUCCUCCGCCCCGGACGUCAUUAAGCUAUCUGCUUCAUACCCCAACCACCAUUAUAUACACCAUCGUGCUUCACUCCCAUCCCUCUGCGUUGCCUUUUUUGUUGAUACGUGCGAAGGACGUGGGUACCCAUUCAGACCCUCGCCGAAGCAUGGAUUCCUGUUCCUCGGAUCUUGGAGGGGUCACUGCGUCCCGGACACUUCUCGUAUGCUACGGUGCUCUGUUGCUCUGUCACUCUCCCAAUCUGUCAUGUGUAUAUCCAUAGCUCUGUCUCUUGCUUCGGUUCUCUCGAUGUUAUCGUCCUCACCUGAAUCCAGUAGCUCUUUGCCGUAGCCUUUGACAUUGCUCGUCGGCUGGGCAUGUAACUACUAACAUACCCGAGCUCUGUACAGCCACUCAGCGAUUCGAUUUUAUGCAAAUAUAGUGGACAAGUACUGUCCGCUUCAUUGCUCCUUC